AUGAGAAUACUAGGGAGUAUAUCCAAUUUCGCCCAGGACGAAGGCCACAUCUUCCAACUAAGGCAGGGGGGUGAGCAUCCUGGGAUCCUGCUCAUACACCUCUGGAGCAAGGAUUCACAGGCGAAGUAUUUCCCCGGUUCGCACCUGAUCCCUUUGGACAGUGUUCGAGUAGCAAAUCGCAUGUGGGAGGUGCCACCUGCUGCUCUCGAACAAGCAGGGAUUGUAGGAGAAGAGAAGCUUUUCACGGACGGUGGACUAGCCAUCCUAAAUGCUCGGCUUGCCUUGGAAAUGCCACAUGGAUCUCCCGUAACAUGUGGGUUUGUUGUGAGGGAUGACCUGACCGAUAUAGAGAAGGAGCUAAAAAGGUGGCCGAGGAUGGUCCUACCGAAGAGUGCAGUCCAAAUGGUUGCCGAGUUGCAGAGCGAGAAAAUGGGUGUACACUUCACAAUUAAAGAUGAAACAUAG